AUCUGAAGACAUGGGGGUAAAUGUGAUGUGUGUUACAUCUGCUGGAGGAAUGCCUCUAUUCACUAGACAUCUUGGGAGAGCUGAACCUCUUCCAUUUUCUGUGGUGGGUUCAUUGAACGGUGUGCAUCUAUUUAGUAAAUCUCAUGAUGUGAAAUUGUUGAAUACACACACUGAAUCCUCAACUGUUCUAUGGAAAGAAUAUGAAGAGAGUGUAGUUUUGAUUGCAGUUUCAGCAUUAAAUGAUGAAACUGUGCUUGUCCAGUUAUUAGAUACAAUUUUUGCUGCAAUGAUACUUACUGUUGGGAUCGAAGAUCUUAAAAGUAUUAAGAAUGUUGAAAGAUUGAAGCGUGAAUUAAGACCCUGCUAUUUAUUAGUCGAUAAAAUAAUGGAAUGUUUGGAUUUCGGUGAUAGAUACGUUGGAAGCUCAACGCAGAUUUUUAACUGUGUAGAAACUGUUUUAUGUGCUGAAAAACUAUCUUUAAUGGUAUGCUUGGAGUCUUAUGUGGAAUGUAUUUGUUCCUUGUUUGGGUGUGUGACUGUGGAGAAUUGCAUAGCUGUGGCGACUGAUGCUUGGUGGGAUCUGGACCCUGUUGAGAGAAAGCUUUUGUCACAUAUUAUUAUUGCUAAUUCCAACUGCACUGCCUUUGAUAUUCCAGUAUUUCUUCCAGGGAAGAGUCCAACAGUACCGUUUCGACUAGUUGGAGUCUGCCUCAUUAUUGGAGUUUGGGUGACAGUGCUCUGUGGACCCAAGCCUGAUCUAGCCGCGAUCCAACAGACUGCUUUUCAGGUUUGGUCUCCAUUGGUUGCUUCAUUAAGGUCCAUGCUCAAUGCACGUCCUCACAGUAUACCUUCAACUGUACAGCUCCAUUCCUCUGUCUUAGGGUUCCUUCUUGUUGAUAAAAAAAUAGGAAAGUAUUUGUUGAGCAGUUGUUCAAUGUUAAGCAAGAAGGAGAGCAGAUCUCCCAGUGAAGUUCUGAAGACAUUUUAUUAUCAAGCGGCAGCUUCGUUAGUCGAUUGUGAUAAAAGUCACAAGCCCCUUGAAACUUAUUGGUGUUCGGAAUAUCAUAAAGUUCAUGGAAUCAGAAAAGGUGCUUUAAUUUUUUGUGUGAUGUACAGUGCUUCUGUACCAACACACACAAUGAGAUUAAUAUCCGAAGAAAGUUUAACAUCUCUGCUCAGUGAUUCUCUUUCUUGGUGAUACUACUCUCUGCGUAUGAUUAAAUUUAUAUUACUCUAUGCUUAUGAAUUACACUGUAAAUAAUUGAGAGCCUUGAAGGAGAAAUUAG